AUACAGCAAUUUAUACGUCGCCGUUUUCGCGCAAUCGCCGUCGCGCAUGCGCGAGUAAAACUACUCUUAUCGGAACUAUAUCUAUGACCCUGGGAGCCCUGUCAUCACUUGUCAUUGAGGAUUAUAUAGUGGCUACGCCGCGCCUUAACGAUUUGCAAACAAGCCGCGUUCUUGGAAGGAUUUUCGGAAUGAGCUCCUUACAUCUGGCAGAUGGCUCGGAGAAGCCACCGGAGGUGGAAGGCCAGGGACGUGUGUUCAGCAUGGCGUAUUGUCCCUUCGCUCAAAGAGCACGCCUCGUGCUCAGUUUUAAGGAGAUCCCGCACGACAUUGUCAAUAUCAACUUGCAGAGGAAGCCGCAAUGGUUUGUCCAACUUCAUCCCGAUGGCAAGGUACCGAUUUACAUAGAUUCGGACGGUACAGUAGUAGCGGAGUCUGUCACACUGGCGAACUACCUGGACGAGAAAUACCCCGAGCCUCCUCUGUACAACGAUGAGACGAAGAGUCGUGAUUUGGAGCUGUUAAAUCACUUCAACUCCAAGAUUGUAGACACCUUUACGAAUUGCGUAUUUCAGAAGGACAAUAGACAGUUCGAAGAUAUUCUCACCGAGAUCAUGGAAAACAUACAAGAAUUUGAAGAUGAGCUUGAUGUACGCAAGACAACCUUUUUCGGAGGGAGCAAUCCAAAUAUACUGGACAUUCUAAUAUGGCCUUGGUUUGAUCUAGCAAAGGGUCUGAUUAUACUUAACAAACAGCGUGCGAAUGUUGACAAAGAGAGAUUCCCCCGUAUUAUGGAAUGGGUAGAUGGAAUGAAAAACCAGCCAUUUGUUAUAAAACACAGAUGCCCGUACGAUAAGCACAUAAAAUUCAUAGAAUCUGCAAGAACAGGUAAAAUUGAUUUUGACAAUAUUUAAACAUGAUUGAAGCUGGCUUGUUGCUAAAAGUUUAUCUUAAAAUGAUGGUAUAGUAUUUUUCUGUUAAUUCAAUUUUUAUAGUUUGCUUAAGAAAGCACUUUUUUUUAAAUAUAUAUCCUUAGUAUUAUCUGUGAGAAAAACAAAAAGUAUGUACAUUUAAAAAACAAUAGUUUGCAAUUGUAUUACAAAAUGCUGCAAAGAUAAACUUGCAAAAUGACUUAGCAUAAUUUA